AUGGGGUUUCGUCCAUGUUACCCAUUAAGGCAAGAGGAUAAUUAUAUUGAAUUUUAUUAUAUUGUACAAAACUUAAAAACUCUUAUUGUUGCAAUCACAGAUCUUCAGGGAGUUUUUGAGCUAUGGAUGUUCGACGCUGAUUACUUAAUUU